AUGUCAACGAAAACGAAUUAUAAUCCAAACUCUACCGUGAAAGAGUGCGGCAGAAUCUUCUGCACCACCUUCCUCAGCCUCGUGCCGCCGCUAUCGCUCUUCCUCUUCACUCAGCUCUCCUCCGCCCGCCAUCAAAAAACGGAUCACCACAAGCCCCACAACACCGUCUCUACUUUCCUGCAUACUAACACGACCUCGUUCCUCGGCAUCCUCGUCCUCGCCGCCGCUCUCGUACAAAGCUUCACCGGCGGCGAGGAGCGCGCUUGGCUCACCAGCAUACGGCGUCGUUUGCAUGCCGCGGUGGUUUGGAUUUUCUCGAUGCAAGUUUGCCUAAGUUUGUGGAUUUACGGAUUUAUGGAAGUCGAUGAUGAGUCUCAAAUCGGCGGCGGCGGAUUUAGGAGUGUGGUUAUGGGUUUGGGAUUGCAUGAAGCGGUGGUUUUCUGGCGGCGGUAUGUGGUGAGGCCGGUGAUGGAGGAGGCGGUUGCCGGGCUCCGCGGGGAGGGGUUUGGCUGGGGGGAGAAUUUGUUGUUGGCGGCGGCGAUUGGUUGUCUGUGGUGGCGGAGGUUGAGGGGGGAAGUGGAGGAGCAGCUGGUGGCGAUGGGGAAAGUUAUGGAGGAGGUGGAUGUUGUGGGGUGGUUGUUGUAUUGUUCGAUGGCGGCGGUUGGCGGAGUAAGAGUGGUCAAAGGUUUGUUUUGGGUGGUCAAUGGGAUUUUCCGACGUCAUCCGCGGGUCAACGGAGAGGCCGAUGGUAGUUCAGGUUUGACAAUAAAGAUUGAAACCGAAAUACGGAAUGUAACUUAA